UUGGUAGAUAGGACCCGGACAAGCAGUCAGAGAGAGACCCUUUCUCUCUUUGCCUAUCAAAACCCUCGUCGAAUUCGGUCUGAGAAUUCUUACACACUUUGUGUUCCUCACAGACUCGCUCACUUCCUCUUUUUCACUCUCUCUUUCUCUCUCACAGACACCCAAAGAGCCACUCCAGAAGAAGAACUUCAAUGUCAGAACCUUCCGACGAGAACAACCACAUCGAGAAGCUCUACGAGUUCGGCGAGCGUCUCAACGACUCCAAGGACAAGUCCCAGAAUUUGAAGGACUACCAAGGGAUUAUCGAUGCCGCCAAGACCAGCAUCAAGGCCAAGCAAUUGGCUGCCCAGCUCAUUCCCAGGUUCUUCAAGUUCUUCCCUGGCCUUUCGGGCCUCGCCAUGGACACCCACCUUGAUUUGAUUGAGGAAGAAGAGCUCGGGGUUCGGGUGCAAGCUAUUCGGGGUCUCCCCCUUUUCUGUAAGGACACACCAGAACAUAUUGCGAAGAUUGUGGACAUUCUUGUGCAACUGCUUGCAGCUGAUGAAUUUGUGGAGCGUGAUGCUGUCCAUAAAGCUCUUAUGGCCCUCUUGAGGCAGGAUGUGAAAGCUUCUCUGACAGCCUUAUUUAAGCACAUUGCAAGUGUUGAUGAACCAAGCACCGAUGAAUUUAUACGGGAGAAAGUGUUAAGUUUUAUAAGAGAUAAGGUAUUUCCUAUUAAAGCUGAGCUCUUGAAGCCUCAGGAGGAAAUGGAAAGGCACAUUACUGAUUUGAUAAAAAAGAGUAUCGAAGACGUAACUGGAUCGGAAUUUAGAAUGUUCAUGGAUUUCUUGAAAAGUUUGAGCAUAUUUGGAGAGAAAGCUCCUCCAGAACGAAUGAAAGAACUAAUUGGAAUUAUUGAAGGGCAAGCUGACUUAGAUGCACAGUUCAAUGUUGAAGAUGCAGACCACAUAGACAGACUGAUAUCUUGCCUCUACAUGGCCCUUCCAUUUGUUGUGAGAGGUGCAUCAAGCAGCAAGUUCCUUAACUAUAUCAAUAAACACAUAAUACCUGUUUUUGAUAAGUUACCUGAGGAACGGAAGCUGGAUUUGCUUAAAGCCCUUGCAGAAAUUUCGCCUUACACAACGCCACCGGAUUCACGGCAGAUUCUCCCUUCUGUUGUUCAGCUGUUAAAGAAGUACAUGCCUCGGAGGAAAACUGGAGACGAGAUGAACUUUACUUAUGUUGAAUGCUUGUUGUACACGUUUCAUCAUCUUGCUCACAAGGUUCCGAAUGCCACAAAUAGUUUGUGUGGUUACAAAAUAGUUACUGGCCAACCAUCAGAUAGGCUUGGGGAAGACUUUUCAGAAUUGUAUAAAGACUUCACUGAAAGGUUGAGUAAUGUGGAGGAGCUAACUAGAGCCACCAUGAAGAAGUUAACACAGGGAAUGGCCGAACACAAUAAAGCAAUGGCAGCUGCCAAAUCUGAUGAAGCAAAGGGUAGCAUUAAAACUCAGAAGCAGAACACUACUACUGGAUUGCGCACCUGCAAUAACAUUUUGGCAAUGACGAAGCCAUUACAUUCGAAAACACCUUCAUUUAUUGGAGAUAAGAGUGUCAAUCUGUCUUGGAAAGAAGCAACAAAACCUCUCGUGCCCUCCACUACCACUGCUGUCGGAGGUAAGCGACCUGGAAACCCAGCUAAUGGAUCUGGCAACUUCCCUUCAAAGAAGGGCCGUGGAGGUGGUGGUUUACAAAAUCAGCUUGUUAAUAGGGCAUUGGAAGGCUUAUCUCAAGGUGGGAGAGGUGGACCAAGGGGCAGAGGCAGAGGGUGGGGUGGACGCGGAAGAGGAAGGGGUUACCGGUAACCUUGUUGAGUGGUGCAGCCACAAAUAAUUAGAUGGGCGGAAGAUUUGUACCAGAAGAAUACGAAUAGGAGUUCUUGAUUAUUGAAUUCUUCUCUUAGGGAGCAAGUUUUGUUUCAUAGAAGUUGAUUGGUCUCUAGAUUCAUUGUGUACUAACUCUAGUUUAUCAAUUCCUCUGGAGCUUGUCAAACAGGCCAAUUAGAUUUGGUGGGAUUUUAGUGCUCAUGGGUUCUUCAAACCUCUCAAACAUAGCUGCCGCUCAAAGAAGCAAUCCCAGACUAUUUGAGGAAUCAUUGCAGUUUCAGUGCAUGUAUGACUGCGUGUGCAUUAUAUUGCUGACUGCAUACUGAGGAACUAUUUUUAUAUUUUCUAUAAAUCCGAAUUAGUGAAUGGCAUUACUGUUA